GUUAAAAAAAACGUAAAUUGUAAUGGCAGUUACAAUUAACCCUUUUGUCAACGCCUCGGUGGUGUCGAAACCACAACCACACAGUGACACGGGCAGCCGCCGCUGGGCGUCCGGCGGCACACUGCGGCAGGCCGGCAGCAAUGGCUCGCCCUUCGAAGCUCUACCUCGUCUGCUACAACUCCCUCCAAGCGCUCGGAUGGUAGUUGGUUCGUCGCCCUCCUCCGCCUCCUGCCCUGCCUCGCCCCUCCCGUCUCCGUCCACUCCGCGUACGCGGUCGCCGGCGACCUCAUCUGCGUCCUGCAGACCUGCGCGAUUCUUGAGACGGUCCACGCCGCGAUCGGAUUGGUGCCAUCAGCGCCGCUUCUUGCCUUUUUAUAGUGGGGUGGGAGGACUCACUUUGUUCUCGCUCUUGUUCGGCAAAUCCCCGAGGUUCAGAGCAGUCCGUCUGUGUUCAUAACGUUUAUGGCUUGGAGCAUAUCUGAGGUGCGAAUGUAUGGCCUUUUAAUAUUCUUUUUCCUUCCUAUGUCCAUCUAUAAGUGGUAUAUCUUGUUACAUGCAAAUUCUCAAUGCUGAUAAUUUUUUUUAAUUACAAAUAUUUAUUUAUUUAUCGUAUUGAUUUGAACUCUUUAGGCUAGUCUAGACGUUAGAUCUUUAUAAAAUCUAAUGGUGUAUAUUCUUCUUUCUUAUGUGCUAACUAAUUGACGAUCUCCAAAUUCAGUCCCUGGACAAGUUGUUUGAGCGACAGAACUCUUCAAAUACUUGUGAUUCAGUUAAUGAUUCCCUGGUCAAGUUCUUUGAGCGAUCUGACUGGGAGAAGAUGGAGAAAUCCUAUCGGCUAGAAAAAAAAAUAUGCAUUUUACCUAAUCAGAUGAUACUUUGUAUGAUGAUUUUUUAUUUAUCGAUUCUUUGAUGAGGGGUUCCUGUCAGAUUAAAAGGUAAUUAUCAUAGUACCAAAUACAUAAAAAAAUUAUUAUUUUAGAAUAAAAAUGUGUUUACCUCAGCUUGAUCAUCAAA